AUGUCCAGCACGAGUGGGCUAUCACAGGACAUCACUUCCGACCUCGAGAACGAUGCAGAACCACAAGCACUGUUCCACCUGACGAUCCAACUACACAACAAACCACUCGACAUUCCCAUCUACCACCAAGAUGCCACUCUUCAGGACCUAUCCGACACUAUCGCCGAAGAAAUGCACAUUCCACCCGCCCACCAAAAACUCCUCAUCACACCCAAAGUGGGCUUACUCAGACCGCCAUUCAAAGACCCCAACCUCCUCGUCACUUCGCUCCAAGACAAGAAAAUUGUGCUCAUGGGCGCCACCACAGCCGAAGUCUCCGAACUCGCCAGCGACAUUGCCGACCGCAAAGCCCGCAUCGAUCGCCGCAGAGCCGCGCUCCAAGCCGGCCGCAAAGUCCAAGUCCACAAACACCGCGAUUGGAAGAAAAUCUCCGAAGAAGCCCAAUUCACCUUCCACACCAUCCGCCCUUUAGACUAUCUCCCCAAUCCGGAAAAAUCUCUCCGUUACCUUCAACUGUUAGCAAACGACGCUGGCAUCAAAGCCAGCAUGCGCACCCACGGCUUCUCAGUAGGUUUAUUAACGGAAAUGAACCCUGCAGAACACACAACGCACCAAAGUCGCACAUUGGGAUUAAAUCGCAAUCGAGGCGAAGUGAUUGAAUUGCGUUUACGCACGGAUGCCUACGAUGGCUAUCGCGAUUACAAAGUCAUUCGCAAAACCUUGUGUCAUGAAUUAGCGCAUAAUGUCUGGGGCGAACAUGAUGCGCGGUUUUGGAAAUUGUGUAAGGAAAUUGAAGCGCAGGUCGAACGGAAUGAUUGGAGGCGAGGCGGGAAAUCUGUAGGUGGGGAGGAAUUUUAUCAUCAUCGUCAUCGGGCGGGAGAUCAUGAUGAUGAUGAUGGGGAGGAUGUGUUUGAUUAUGAUCAUGCGGAUGAAGGAGGGUGGGAAGGUGGAGAGUAUGUUCUUGGUGGAAGUAGUGGAGGAGGAGGGGAAGUAGUGGAGUCGUUGAGUCGAAGAGAGAUUUUGGCUCGAGCGGCAGAGGAGAGGAUGAAGAAGCAGAGAGAGGCGAAGGCGUUGGAGCAAAAGUCGAAUCAUGAAUCUGGAACGAAACAGGCAUGA